AAUUCGGAGUGCUUGAAUUUGGAUUUGGACUUCGUUUUUAAAUAUUUGAAAUCAAAAAUUCACUGCCUUUUGCUAUAUCCCAUUUUCCUACGGUAGUAGCUUCACUUGGCAAACAAGGAGUUAAGUCCAAUAGGGUCAGAAGAUAAAGCAUGCCAAUUAGCUUAGUUUGCAAUUGUAUAAAUCAUAUAUUUUUCCUCUUUGAUAAGUGAUAACUUAUUGUGAGGAGUUGUUACUUUGGAUAGGAUAUUAUUACACAUAGUUGCAUCAAAGCUUCCAGUAGCCGUGACCAUUAUCAUGUAAUUUUGUGCGUUAUCUUUCACAAUUGCUAUUGAGCUUGCAGAUCGGUAUAACACCGCCCUCGUUUGCCACAGAUGGCGUUAUUUGGCAUGUCACCCUCAAUUGUGGCUGCGAGUGGACCGAUCUGUCCAGGAUCUCUCUGAACCAGGGGUUUUUCCAAAUAUUGAAGCAGCCGUAUCAGCAGCAAGACCUGGGGACACCAUUUUAAUUGCAGCUGGCGGGAAGCAUCUUGCCUCUAACAUUCAGAUAAAAAAGCCACUCUGCCUGAUUGGUGGAGGUGAACUUCCUGAUGAUACAACUCUUAUCUGUUCUCGAGGCUCAGACAGGUAUGUAAAGUCUCCUUUAACUUUUGCCUCACACUAUUAUUCUCUCUUGAAAAAUGAUUUACUGAGCCAGCUCCAUAUUGUUGGUUUAUUAGUAUUAUUAUUUUAAAUUUAGCUAUUUAGCCAUUUAGCUAAAGGGCUCCAUGGUCCAAUUUGCUUUGGGCACUUUGUACAUGAUGAUUUUUGGAGAAAAUGAGCUAAGUUUGCUUAUUUUAACAUGCAUUCUGUGUUUUUGCAAUGUGGGAUGCAUGCUUUUGGCUGGAUAACCAAGGAUUGUAAUGAAAUAAAAAGCACAAUUUAUCUGCAUUACCCAAUAGUCUGGAGUUGGUUCCAAAAAUCACCACUAUAUUUUCCAUUAAAAAAAAAAAGGCCUACCAUUUGGUCAUUUUCGUUGAGCAGUGCAUUAGAAUUCCUAUCCACCUGCAAGUUGGCAAAUUUAACAGUAAGAACAGAGCUUGGAUGCUGCUUACUUCAUAGGAGUGGAAGGCUAAUUAUAGAUGGGUGCAUACUUCAGUGUGAAUCAAACCCUCUGGACUACUUGUCAUGCCCCCUUGUGAGUACAGCCAGCAGCCAGGUGAAGAGCCAUGGGGAUAGCGUGUCGGUUUAUCACACCCGGAUUGAAGGAGGUGCCAAGGCUGUUUUGACCAGUGGAGACCUCGCAUUGCAGCGAGUUCGGGUCCUUUAUGCUCGAACUUCGCUUUAUUUCUGGUUUGAUGUAGAUUGUAAGUAGGAAGAGGAUGUUAUCAACCUCAGCUUGUCUGUAAACGUAACAUUUGUCUUAGAACAUACUACUGUAAAAUUAAUUGUUAUUCAGCAUUUAGGGGUUCAAUUUGUUUUAGAAACAUAUUACUGCAAAAUUAAUUCUUGUGAUAUUUCAAAAGCUUAAUGUAGCCUGAUCUGGUUUCAGUACUUUUGUGUCACUUAAAUAUUUGCAAGAUACAAUAACAAAGGAGGUUGAAC